CAUUCCCAACUGAGGCCAAAAUUUCAUGCUAUCCCAGCAGUUCUCCUUGGCAAUUUUCUGUUGCUAAUACAUAUAAAGUCUUGCUGCUGUUGCUGAACCUGCUGCAGUGGCCUUGGAGCAAAAUGAAGUAUCCUUUUCUGUUGGUGAAAUACAGCAUUAUAACUGCCACAUGAAAUGGUGCUGUCUCUCCGGCUGAAAAGAUGGAUGGGGAAAACAAGCUUAUUGGAUUUCCUUCCCCUCUGCUUCUGCAAAUGUGCACAAGCCUUGUGGAACAUGGAGACACCAGGUUGCUUUUGUUGUUCUAGCAUUUUUAGCAGCUAUGUUUUGUUCUUACCCCAACCCAAAUCAGGAUAAAUGCCCUGGAAACUAUACUCACCCACUUAAAGUGCAGACUGUCAUAAUUGUUGCAAAAGUAAUCCUGUGGACUCUGCAUGUUGUUUUUGAACGAUACAUCCAGCACCACCACAGUAAAGUCAGGAGCAGAGGUUACUUCUCGAUAUACCGAUCAACAAGACAUCUAAAAAGACUUCCACUGUUGAUACACUCCACAGGUAAUGCAUCCCUGCUUUUGAUUCUGUCAAUGCAGCAUUCCUUUCCUGAUCACAGUAAAGUGUACCUGUACCUUAUCCUGGGAGUCCUGGGUCUGGAGCUGAUUAGCUCCCUGACAUGCCUAGUGAUUUACACAGUGAAAAUAAGCAACUUCAAUCAUGCGAAGCCAAGACCUGACAUAAUUGAAGAAGAAAAGAUGUAUGCCUACCCUAGUCACAUUACCUCAGAAAUUGGAUUCAGGGAAAAUUCAAGUUUAGAAGAGAUAGUUGAGAAGCAAGGAGAUGUAAUAGAAUAUCUUCAGCGACACAAUGCACUGCUCAGCAAGAGACUAUUGGCACUAACAUCUCAGCAAAUCAAAACUUAACAGCAUUUGGAAAACUGCUGCUGGAGCACUGGAGGGAACAUAAGGUAAUGUGACUUGUACACAUGACUCUUCAAUCAUCUUUCACAUUUUGAAAUAGAAGUUACGUUGGAAGGAUGAGCUCUGCAUACUCUAUAAACCUGUUUCAGCUGGAUGCUCUGGCUCUCAAAAUCACCAGUUCUGAAAAAAGUUCUGGAGCUUCAAGGAUUUUUAAUUUCUAAUAGGUUAAAGAUGGACCUGAGGUAAUGAUUUAACUUUGUUCAGUUGUUGCUAUUUUGUACUGCUGUAACCUUUAAGCUUCAAACUACCAAAGUAUUUUAUAUUUCUAAGAUACCCUUUGCAAAGUCACGUUUUUCUAGAGGAAAAAAGUAUCAUUUCAGUUUCUAGUGCUGAAGCUGAGACUAGAUGUGUUCUGUCGCUGAGUCCCAUUACUUCAGUGUUAGAGGUAGUAUACUUCAGUAAUCCUAUACAAAGUAGAUACUUGCUUUCUAGAUCUGUCUCUAUUUCUCCUUUGUCAAGAAAAGGAAUGAAACUGUUGCUUGUGCCAGAAUUUAGCAUCCAAUUUAGGAUUUACAAAAAAGCAGUGGAUGCCCUAGAAUGGCAAAUAUCACAUAAGUGUGGUACAAACAGGGUUAUGAAAAACAAUGUGUGCAGUUGUUCAGAAUUCUGACUUUAAAAUCUAUAAGAGGGACCCUCAGGGCUGAUAACUUUCCUGUUAUUAAGAGUCUGUGUCAGCUAAUAAUCACAAGAUUCCUACUCUGCCAACUGAACUAAUGUAAUACAAAAAUACUUGAAUAAGCUUUUUUCAUUGACCUAGUAACUAGUGUUGAAUGGGCUUAAAGAUUCUGUUAAAGAUGUAUCGGCUACACGCAUCCUUGUUCGUUACUUUGACUCUUCAAAAAAUGUCAGCACCUUGAUUAAAAAGCUAAAAUGGUGUAUGUGGGGAAGUGAAAAGCAGCAGAAGACAGAAAGGUCUAGAAGUUGGAAAAGCAAGAAUUUUUUGGUUCUAUUUCAUGGAUUUAUUGGGAAGGCUGAUAAAAGAACCUUUCUGUUCUGUAAAUUUGUCUACCAGUGUAGACUGAGAAUUAUUUUAGAAGCCAAUACCUCUGUGGGGAGACAGGGUAACCACUAAUUAAAACUGGGAAGAAGGCGCUCAUGAGGAGUGGUAUUGUAGUUGAAUAUAAAAAAAAAAAAAAGAAUCCAUCCUACUUUAGUCCUAGGGCACAACUUUAGAAAUAACUGAACUGUUUAGUGUGCGACAAACAUGGGGCUUGUUUCAUUUAAAGGAAAAAAUAAAUAUUGGGGGGUUUGCUGCUAUCCAACAUUAAACUUGUUCUCCUUAACUGUUGUUUCUUGAAAAUGCAUCCAGGAUUUUAUAGUAUCAUGUGAAGAAUACAAAUUAUUUUGGUUUUAGAAAUCAAGUUUUGAUGUGAUUGUGUAUAUCAAUUUAUAAAAAUUCUAUGAAAAGCAGUAAAAUGUGACUGUGAAGUUCGUGCACAAUAAAUGCAACUAAGGAAAAGCACGAAUUCUGUCAUUUCUAAGUUUGUGUGCAGCUGGUAAAGACUGUUCCAAUGGGUGAUCUGUGCAGAUUUUCUGUUAUGCUGAAGUUUUUGUAGCACAGUUUUGGUGCUUGAAACUAGACAAAAACUGUUAUGGCAAGGAUAGCUGUGCACUCAUUUUGAAGCUUAAGCUUAUUCUUUCAUGAGUAAGUUUUUUUUUCCAUCUCACUUCAUAUGAUCUCUGCUACUCCUCUUUCUCUCCAGUAUAGAG